UAGACAUGCAUGCUUAUCUAUCAUUUUACUUGUACAGUCUUAAGUCGUCAUGCAAGUCGGAAGAUGAUAAUACUCCACAGACAUUCCGUUUUAAUCCUCAGUCUCAGAGUUGAAAGAUGGCUGAUCGCCGGAAGUUAUUAGCAGCUACAGCUGCAAUAUUAAUAAUAAAAAAGAAAAACAAGCAAAGAAGUAGAACCAUGUGGUCAAAGAAAUGGCUGUUAAGGAGGUCAGAGUUCUCUCACGUUAAUUUGUUGGAGGAAUUAAGGUUACAACCUGAAGAUUGGUUUAAUUACCUACGUAUGAAUGAAGAGACGUACAAUGAAUUGCUGAAAAUCGUAACCCCGCAGAUAGAAAGACUGAAUACGCGAAUGAGAAAAGCAAUAACUCCUCAUGAACGUCUGACUGCAACUUUGCGUUUUUUAGCAACAGGCAGAAGCUAUGAAGACCUGAAAUAUACCUGUGCCAUUUCUGCUCAAAGUUUAGGACAAAUUAUACCAGAGACUUGUGAAGCUCUGUAUGAUGGCUUAAAAAAUGAAUAUAUGAAGUUUCCUAAGACAGAAGAUGAAUGGAAAAAAAUCGGUAAAGACUUCGACACUAAAUGGCAGUUUCCAAAUUGUUUGGGUAGUGUAGAUGGCAAGCAUAUUAGAAUAAUACCACCGCCCGGAAAUGGAUCAUAUUAUUGGAAUUAUAAAGGUUAUAAUAGUUUAGUAUUAAUGGCAGUGGCAAACGCAAAUUAUGAAAUAAUAUACUGUCACAUGGGCACAAAUGGGCGUGUUUCAGAUGGGGGUGUACUCGAGCAGACAUCAUUUUACCAAAAACUCAUAGAUGGACAAUUAAAUCUACCAAAGCCUGAGAAAGUUAGAAAUUCAGCAAAGGAACUUCCAUACGUUUUCAUCGGCGACGAGGCUUUCCGCCUGCGUCCCGAUUUUCUGAAACCAUUUCCACAAGACAACUUAUCUAAAGAAAAAAAAAUAUUUAACUAUCGCCUCUCGAGAGCUAGAAGAAUAAUUGAAAAUGUCUUUGGCAUAAUGGCUGCCCGCUUUCGAAUUUUACAUACCAGCAUUAAUAUGAGAUUGGACCGUAUAGAUCUUGUAGUCAUAAGUUGUGCAGUGCUACAUAACUUUUUACGCAGAAAAUGCAGCGAUUCAUAUACCCCGGAAGCAUCUUUCGAUAAUGAGGAUUGGGAAAAUUCUUCAGUAAAUGUUGGAUUACGAAUGAACCCAGAUAUAAUUUCUGGAUUGCAAAGGGGACCGAAUAGACACUAUGCAACAGAAGCGAAUGAAUCCCGAAAUAAAUUUUUAAGAUAUUUUAACAACGAGGGAAAAGUUAACUGGCAAGAUAAUAUGAUCCAUUAAAUACUUACAAGAAAUGUAUAAAUACUUAAGUAUAGUAUAUUGUUAAAAUAUUAUAAAUAAAUAUUGAUAA